AAUACGUAUUUUGAGGCUAAAUGCGUCCGUUGUUUGCGUCUCUCACUAUGUAAACUAGAGAAGAAGGCAACGUCUCGUUCAUUCAACAAUGUCUAAUGUACCGACGAUCCAGCUGCCAAACUGUGUGGUAGGGUCGCGAAAAAUUCGUUACAUUUAUCUGGUCAAUUCAACUUCGUUUGCCCUAAAUGAGUGUCCGCAAAAGGACGCAGUGACUCCCCUUUAUUUAGGAGCUGAUCUCUUCUCCAACACGAAAAUUCGUACAGAAAACCAUCCAAGAUAUCACGCGAGGUUUGCCAAAAAAGGCCUGGCCACGAGACUGCAUUUUUCCUCGGAAUUUAGAUUCCACGGACUGAAGGUAUCACCUUGUAGCAACGCUCUUUGGUUCUACAGUAUCGAAGGACUUUUCCGGGUGGCUUUUGAAAUCUAUAAUAAGCAAGAGCAGCUUUCUGUGCUGGAGAACUUGCAGGAUGUUUGGAAAUCAAAGAUCAAUGAAUCUCCACUGAAGUCCAAUUACACCCUGAGAAUGUUGGUGCACACUGCUCUGAAUAGUACAGCAAAUUCCAGUAUUGACAGUGUCUCACCUCAAGAUUCCCUCAGGGGUCAAGAAGCUGCAACAUCAAGUGAUACAGCAAGGGGCCCAGCAGAUCAUAACUAUUGUAAUUUUGUCCCACCAUGUUUACAAACUGUGAGGCAUCAGUUGCAAAGUUUGGAUGAGAAAAUUUCUUGCAAAACUGAAAUUCUAACACAGAAGCAGCUGGAGACUGUCUCGCUCCUCAUGGAACAAGUUGAUCUGUAUAUCUUCGGAACGCUGGAAGAGAAGAAUGUGACAGAAACUGUGAUGAACUUGCUCAAUACCAAAGACUGGAGUUUGACGUUUGCAAGCCCCUUACUUAAUAGUGUCGCUCGUUGGCUGGGCUGCCAGUUUCACCUGGCCAACUGCAGCAUCAGUCAGAAAGUGGAAGAAUUUAAAUUGCAACACAUUGAACGCAUCAGCGAAUUGCCACCUGCUGAGGAAUUAACCACUGAACUUUUUCCAGAAGCCAUGAGAACACUGCUGCUUCACUGGAUGGGUUUGAGUGAAGAGUCCUCCGUGGAAAAGAGACACAGUGAAUAUCCAAUUCUGCUGCUCAUCCUUGAGUUUGCCAAUCACAGCCUCAUUACUGGGGUAGCACAUGUGCUCUACUCUACUCUCAUAUGUAAAUAAUGUGGACAAAUUGAAGUCUAAUAUGGGUAGCUGUGGGAUAAGUGGGUGUAUGGAUGCAAGGAAAUCAGAUGAAAAUACACAUUUCUGAUGGGUCGCAAAAUUGGAUGGCACUUCACUUAAUAAAAUGUGGGUGACGAUUGAUGUGUGUUGGCAUAACAGCGAAAGGUGACACCUAACCAUAACCUCUAUGUCAAAAUUUCACAUUGGAAAGCACUUGAGGAUAAAUACCUGAAUGAAUAAUGUAGUUAAACUGGCUUUACUAAAAUGACACAACCAUGUGUUGCUGAAGAAACAAUCAAGUUUCAUAAUUCUCACUCACCCUGGUUAAGUCCUGUAUUCAAAAGCCUUUUUUUAAUACAACAAAUAUUACGACACGAACGGCUUUCAUUUGACCAAACAACGUAUUGAGAAUUGUUUUAAUUCAAACAGUCACAACAUUUUAUACAACACACUAGUUUUGGAAACGUCACUUCUGAAUGUCCUUACAUCACAGUAGCCGUGAAAAGCAAAUAACCAUGACAGCUCAGUUGCCAUCUGACAAAAUCAAACUCAAAUUUAUUUUCCAACAGACUGAUGAGUUAUAAAAAGACCAUACGAUGCAAACAAAUAUCUAGUAUCUGUACCAGUGUCCGUACGUCAACAUGGUGGUUCCUUAAUGAAUAAAUGCUGAGAUAAACCCAGCAACCUAUUAUUUACAUUUCACACUCCAAUGUAGAAGAGUGUCAUCUAUCAAUAAAUUACAGACUGAGAGCAACAUCCAUGCAAGCUUUGUGGCCGGCGAUGGCUGCAUUGCGGACAGAUGAGUCAUGAAGAUAGUGAUGACUUGAAGCUAUACAUAAUCCAUUCCGCGCGUGAGCGAGGAGAAUCCGAGGCCCAUUCCCCUCUGAGUGUGAGUCUGUGAUCUUGCCAUCUCGUACUGAACAUCCAGGUUCCUAAACAUCUCCUCCUGCUUCUGUAGAGUCUUCAAACCCUCGUCGUUCAAAGGUUUUGAAGCUUCUCCUUCUUCAUCCCCCUGGUCAAACAAAUGCAACAAAAUAAGUUACAAAGAAACAAAAUAGAAUUUUAAAUAGUUAAUUUUUAAAACAUAUGUACUUACUUUAAUACCCAUCAGUUUCCGAAAUUUAACAUUUUGGUCCUUGUUUCCAAAGUUAAGCUUCUCCCAUAAUUCAGCUGUCUGAGACUUGUCCUAUUAAGUUGAAAAAAAAAAAUGUAAGUAAAAAAUUUUUAGAGUUAAAUGCCAAAAAAGUAAGAAAAAGAGACCAUCUUAAAGCUGGUUCUUACCCCCUCCUUCUUUCCUUGCCACAGCAUUUUCCUCUUCUUCUCUUGUUCAGCGAACUUCGACGGGUUUACAGCAGAUGGGUUGUAGUAGCUCGGAACAGCAAUGCCAGUCUCUGCCAGGGUUUUGGCUUGUAGGGCUGCCAUUUGAGCUGCCAUGGCGAUUUGGGGCGUGACCUGUGUCCCAGUGGCCAGGAGGGCUGCAACAUUAAGCGCUGGGUUUGAAGCAGCGGCGGCGGCAGCAGCAGCAAUAGGUGCAGCAGCUGAACAAAAACAUUGAGUCUUCAGAUUCAAAGCCAACAUGACUGAAAGGCUUAAAGAAAAAGCCAACAACUUACCUGCAGCUAUUUCCUGCUGCCGUUUCUCCAACAACUCCUUCUCCUUCUGUUCCUGCAGUUUCUUGGCUCUUUCCAGCCUGGAAAAAAUAGAACAAACCACACUACAACUUAUACUUCCAUCUUCAUCGACAAUGAGAGUUUGAACAGCAUAAUUUCCCCAAAUGUUGCUAUCAUUACAGUUCCACAAGCAUUUUUCUUUUUUUUUUUUAGCCUAAUUUUAAACCUUGCUUAGACGCACCAAACCCACUUCCAACCAAAUCAACUGUGAGCCCUCUCUUAUAAGAUUGAAAUUUUACUUGACAACAAAAGAAAGAACCUUAUCUAUUAAGGCAAGGCUUGCAUUACAAAUGAUCAUCAAACUGCACCAUCUAAACCUUGACCUCAGAAUGUGUUUAGUUUUACCUCCUUGCAAGGGCUUCUUGUGCAUCCAUAGCUGUAUUUCGGCCACGGAAAGGAGGUGGAAUCACUGGUGUACUGCCGCUCUUUCUGCGUACU